GUAUUCCUUUCUUUCUUUUGACAAAAUAAUAAUAAUAAUAAUAAUACAAACCCACUCUUGAAGCUCUCACAUUCUCACUGCGGGCUCUGCUCGAAGAUCGUCAUUCAUGUGCUUUCAUCCAUCCAACUGCUAGAGCUACUCAGCUAUUCUCUCGCCGGGGAUUGGACCGAUGGCGUUCUUGUGGCCGUUGAUCGUUCUCGCAUUCGCUUACGCGAUCUGCCGUUUCCUUUUGAUGCUUAUUCCGCCAAAUGUUCCUUCCAUCGAAGUCGACGCCUCCGACGUGCUGGAUGACGGAAACCAAGCGCAGGAUAACAGCUUCAUCUAUGUGAGUUUUUCUUUAUUUGAUUUAGAUUUGUUAUUCUAGCUUGUUCCUUUUUAUUUCUUUAGUUGGCCACAGUUCGAGCUUGGAGAUUUGUCGUUCUUUGAGUGGAAUCUCAUCUUAACGAUAGAGGAGGAAGUUAGAUGGAAAUGUUGAAUUCUUGUUAAUUUCCAUUGAAGAAUUCAUCCAGAUUGUAUUUUUCUAUUUGAUUUUUAGUUUAAAAGACUGACCUCUGCUUGAUUUUUUGAUUCUUUUUAAUGACUGUCUGCUGCUCUUACUUGGAGAUUGUUCAUUGCUUAAUGCUUACAUUGUUUGGUUGGAAUUUGUGAUUAUAGAAAUAGAUAAUUUAUUGUUAUCAAAACGAUUUAGAAGAAGAACACCUUCGAAAUACUGAAUGAUAGAUGUCUCUGGCGAUCUGGCAAUGUUAGGAACUUCAAGCCUUUUUGCUUUUGAUUUUAUGAGGAACAAUUUGACCUUUUUUUUUUUCCUAGUAAGAAUAUAGCGUCUUGAUUUAAAAUUCAUUGCUAAAAUUACUUAAUGUUGAGUUACUCUAACAUGUCUUUUGAAAUUGGUACUAAAAGCUACUUGGUUAA